CUUCCUCCUUUCUUCCUCGCUACUCCGCCAUCAGACCGGUCCGGACCCCUGCCGACUUCGGAUGCUCGCGGCCUGCUCGGCUCCGCCACGUACUCAGCCACUGCCAGUGCCCAAGCCCCGCGUCCAGGGCCGGGAUUGGGAGGUGGCUCCUGAAACCAAGGAGUCAUCUCCAAAGCUGGGCUUCUCUAUGGAACAGUCAUCCCAGGAAAUACUCACAUGGGAUCGGCCCUGUGUUUCUAGUUUGGGAGAAACUUCAGAAUGUGAUGCCAGGCUAGAGAAGCAGCCGAGGAAAGUAGUGAGACAUCCUCGACUUGGUCCUGGAGAGAAACCUUAUAAAUGUAAUGAAUGUGGGAAGGCCUUCCGACAAAGCUCACAACUUAUUGUGCAUCACAGAAUUCACACUGGUGAGAAACCGUAUGAAUGCAAUGAAUGUGGGAAGGCCUUCCGUGAGAGCAAAGAACUUAUUCGACACCAGAGAAUUCACACUGGAGAGAAACCUUAUGAAUGCAAAGAAUGUGGGAAGGGCUUCAGAGAGAGCAAAGAACUUACUCGACAUCAGAGGAUUCAUACAGGAGAAAAACCUUAUGAAUGUAAAGACUGUGGGAAGGCCUUCAGACGGAGAACUGGCCUUAAUGAGCAUCAGAGAAUUCAUACUGGGGAGAAACCUUAUGAAUGUAAUGAAUGUGGGAAGGCCUUCAGACGGAGAACUGGACUUAAUGAACAUCAGAGAAUUCAUACUGGAGAAAAACCUUAUGAAUGUAAUGAAUGUGGGAAAGCUUUCCGUGAGAGCAAAGAACUUAUUCAACACCAGAGAAUUCAUACAGGGGAGAAACCUUAUGAAUGUAAAGAAUGUGGGAAGGCCUUCAGACGGAGCACAGGACUGACUGAUCAUCAGAGAAUUCAUACUGGAGAAAAACCUUAUGAAUGCAAUCAAUGUGGCAAGACCUUCCGCUGGAGAACAGAACUUACUUCCCAUCACACAAUUCAUACUGGGGAGAAACCAUAUGAAUGUAGUGAAUGUGGGAAGGCCUUCCGCCUGAGUGCCCAUCUUAUUCAACAUCGGAGUAUUCAUACUGGUGAGAAACCUUAUGAGUGUAAUGUUUGUGGGAAGGCCUUCCGUUGGAUCACAGGACUUGCUUCGCAUCACAGAAUUCAUACAGGAGAGAAACCCUAUGAAUGUAACAUAUGUGGAAAGACCUUCCGCCAGAGUACACAACUUUCUAGACACCAUAGGAUGCAUACUGGAGAGAAGCCCUAUGAAUGUACUGAAUGUGGAAAGGCCUUCUGUCUGAGCACACAACUUAUUCAACACCAGAGAAUCCAUAACAGAAUGAAGCCUUUUGAAUGGUAAGGCCUUGGUAUUGAACAUGAGGUGUGGUUGACAGAGCACUCACAGAAAUUUGGAGAAUUCAUACUAAAGUGAUCAAAUCCGGGGCAGAUUUCCCACAAUGGCUCUCACCUCAGCCUUCAAAAGUCAGUCACUUGCCACUUUCCUUCUCCAACCCCUAUAAUGACAUAAAAGUUGCUCAUUCAGAAAAUUAUGGCAAUCUGACCAGAACUUGUUCCUACAGCUCUACUCCUUCAAAAUUCUGCGAGGCAUCACCUGCUCUCUUUUCCUUCCUUCGAGUCUCAGAAGAAUGAGUACCACUGCUUGCUAAGACUAAAUCCUCUACCUGUACAUUUGGUCUCAGCCCCUUUCACCUGUUCCUGAAGUCUCACACCAACGGUCAUCUCCCUUAGGCAUUUUCAGUCCAUAACCCUUCCCUGACUCCAUACCGCCUGCUUAGAAACACAUUCAUGUCUCACCAGUACUUUGUUUUAAAAGGCUGCCUUGCAUUCUGUUACAACCAUUCUAUCGAAACCCUUCUCAGAAACCAGCCGUUUUCUCCUGAUCACCAAAUCCAGUGGCUUUUUUUUUCAGUCCUUUUCCUCUUUGAUGUCUUGAGGUUGAUGAGCCCCCUCUUACAUAAUCUUCUCCCUGACAGCACUAUGGUCUCCCCGCAGUGUUCAGCUCUUCCUUUUCUGUGUCCAUUGGCUCAUUUCUCUCCUCUGGUGAAAGUCUUAUUUGGUCCUUUUAUGGAAACCAAAGGCUGAAAAAGCCUUCUCAGGAAGAGCAGCAGAAGCCAGGAGCUGGAGGAGAAGUGAGGGCAUGAUGGGUCUGGGCAGUGGAAGGAUCAGAGCACAUGCCCCUGCUGCUCCCCCUGCUCGCCGGCGCUUCUGAAAGCCAGCCGGCUGGCUCCAGCUGUGUCCUGACGAAGGAUGGCUUCGUUGUUUUUCAGAAGCAUUUUAUCUCAAGGAAGAGAGAUGGCACGAAACUUCUCUAAGUGGAGACUCAGACUGGACUCUCCGGACUCCAGCCGGAAGUGAGGUCACGCUCCAGGAGUCCUCCAGAGGAUCCAGACUGUCAGCCAUCAGGUUCAGGUCACCAGGACGUCAGCUGAGGCACUGACCAGCACGUGAAAUGAGACUCGUCAGGGUGACAAGAAAACCGGACUGGCCGUUGCAGAACAAUGCAGUGCUGGACAGUGAUAUUUUUAAAGGGGGGAGGGGUAAACAAGCAGAGGUGGGAUGUCCUGGGUCAUUAUUGGAGACACCUCUGGGGGUCUGUGGGCAUGAUGGGGAGAUGGAAGGAGUGAGAAAGGUGCCUUACUUACUGAAUAAUAAGUCUCCUAUCAAAGAAGGGGUGUGUGUGUGUGUGUGUGUGUGUGUGUGUGUGUGUGUGACAGAGAGAGAGAGAAAAGCUAUUUCCUUAUAGCUACUGGCCAGGGCUAUUUGAAGUAUUACUCUCUGGUCCCAAUGGCCUGGACCAAGUGAGUGUCAGAGAGUAGCCAGUUCCAAGGCUUUGAGUGUCUUCUUCCAGCAGAUGACCUUGGACUCCAGCCCUGAUUCAUCUUGGAGCACCAGCUGGCUACAGGACAUCUCAUGUCUCCUUGCGUGUGCCAGGGCCACCACCCUUCAUCUCACCUCCUGGUUUCAAACCUCGGUGCUAUUUUUACCUCUUCUCUUCUGAUCUGUUCCCAAGUCCUUUCGAUUCUACCUCUGUGGUCUCUCUCACACACGUCCUUUCCUCUCUGCUCACCUGGCCGCUACCUUCCUCAGCGCCUGUUUGGAUUAUGCGGUUGCCACUUAAGAAGUAUUCUUCCCUGGCCUGCCUUCUCUCUCCACUGCCACUUGUAUCUUCCUCAUGACCUCAUCAUGUGACAUACUCAGAAAUCAUUGACGGUUCCCUAUUGCCUGCAGAGUAAUUGUCAAACUCCUUUUGACUGGUAUUUAAGGUCUUUCCAAAUCUAGUGCCAAGCAACCUACCCAAGUUUGUCUCAUCCUGUUCCCCUUGACCUCCUCCAUGGUCUAGCCCCACUGGAUUGGUGGUUGUCCCACAAACACACCCUCCAUUUUUGGGCUGCUCUGCUUUUGCUUACGGUGCUUUCUGUGCCUGGACCAUAGGCUCUCCUCCCUUCCACCCGCUGACUUCUUGAAGGUCCUUCAAAGCCAGACUUGGAUGUCACUGCCCCUCCCCCCAAGACCUUGCAUAGCACUUUGUUUCUAUUUAUGUAUUCUUUCGUCUUGUAGUCACUUGUGUCUGUGUCGCAUCCAUGAGGAGAGGGCCUGUGUUUUAUUUAACCUUUGUGUGUCCCCCAGGAUCUGGCACAAGGCUCUGUACUCAAUUAAUGAAUAAUAAAUGUUGAUUGACUUGA